AUGGAUCCGCUCAGCAUAACCGCCAGCACCAUUGGUAUUCUACAGCUUUCGAGCAAGGUAAUCGAGACCUCGACGAAGUCAAAGAUUGCCCCGAAAGACCGCGCACAAUGUGCUAUUGAAGCAUCAAAUCUCCGCUAUCUUCUUACUAUGUUAAAAAACCGACUUGGGGGAACUUCCAACGAGCCUUGGUAUAAAUGGGCCCAAGAACUUGGUAGGAAGGAUGGCCCGCUUGACCAGUAUAAGCUUGCAUUGGAACAGUUGCAGGGAAAAAUAACAAGGCAAGGAGGAAUAAAGAAUAUACGUCAGCUUCUUCUUGGGAAAUUUAUUAAAGGUGAAAUCAUGGAGUUGAUGACACGGAUAGCACGCUUGACGAUGAUUGUGCAGGUCGCUUUAGAAAUGGGCCAUUUGUUAGUCUUAUGUUUGAUCAAGAACUCACGCCCUUAUAGAAAACUUUCUCAAGCGAUCGGAAAAGGCCAAUCGGAUUUUAUUGCCCGGAGACAAGAGGGAGCUGGUCUAUGGUUCCUUAACCCUGUAGAGUACUUUGAGUGGAUUCAAGGAUCGCAGAAGACCCUUUUCUGUCCCGGUAUCCCCUGUGCUGGCAAGACUAUGAUGGCUGCAAUCACGAUUGAUCACUUGUUGGGAUCUGUCCAUUGCAACGAUACUGGAGUGGCAUAUUUAUAUUGCAACUACAAAGCGCAAGCAGAUCAGACAACUACUAAUCUACUUGCCGCCAUUCUGAAACAGCUAGUUCAGGGUCGGCCAUCAGCAGCGGAACCCGUAGUAUGCUUCUACAAUUAUCACAUCAGAUAUAGGACAAAAUCAUUGCUUGAAGAAGUUUCCAAUGCUUUACACUCAGUACUUACUAGUUGCUUGAUUGUGUAUCUUGUUGUCGAUGCCUGGGAUGAAUGUUCGAACAAAGAAGGCACGCGCAGCCAGCUUCUCAACAAGCUUCAUGAUUUGCAAACUCAAACAGAUCUACAACUCAUGGUUACCUCUCCGUUUAUUUUAGCUAUAGUGAGCGAGAUCUAA